AUAUGAUUCAUAUUAACUAAGGAAAAAAUGAAAAAGAAAAAAAAAAAAGGUAUAUCACUCAUAUUAAAAUAAUUUUAGUAUUUACUGUAAAAAUAAUAAUAAUAAUAAUAAUAAUAAUAAUAAUAAUAAUAAUACUAUUAAUAAUAAUAAUAAUCAGUUCAAAAUAUCUUAUAUUAAAUUUAUAUGAGUCAGAAGAAAAUGACCAUUUUGAUUUGAUCAAAUUAAAAGAAGCAUUAACCUAAACAGUCACUCACUGCCCACCAAUGAGACCACCAUUGCCAAACAUCAACCACACAACAAACAGAAUUAUCCAUCUCUUAGACAAUUGCACUUCCCCAGCUCACAUCCACCAAAUCCAAGCUCAACUCAUCCUCCAAACCCUCCACUCAGACACCACCAUUGCCCACCACUUCAUCACUGCCUGUCAAUCUUUAGGUCUUUUAGACUCUGCCCAUCUCUUUUACACCCAACUCCAAAGACCUCAUGUAUUCAUUUGCAACAACCUUAUCAGAGCUCUCUCUCACAAACACUUCCCUCUCAAAUCUAUAUCUAUAUACAAUCACAUGAAUAGGAACUCCAUUCUUCCAAAUAACUACACUUUUCCUUUCAUUCUCAAGUCUUUAUCUGAUCUUCGCGAUCUUAAACAAGGGCAAUGCAUUCAUACCCAGAUCAUAAAACUGGGUCAUUUUAAUGAUAUUUAUGUCCAGAAUUCACUAUUGAAUGUGUAUGCCGCAGGUGGCAAUAUGGACUUGUGUCGACAAGUGUUUGAUGAAAUGCCUCAAAGAGAUGUUGUGUCGUGGACUGUUAUGAUUACGGGCUACCGCGAAGCUAGGAAGUUUGAUGAUGCAUUGAUUGCUUUUAUGCAGAUGCAAUAUGCGGGUGUAGUGCCUAAUCAAGUGACAAUGGUCAAUGCAUUAUCCGCGUGCUCCAGUGUUGGGGCCAUUGACAUGGGUCUCUGGAUACAUGACUUCAUAAGGAGGAGUGGAUGGGAAAUGGAUGUGAUCUUGGGAACUUCUUUGAUAGAUAUGUAUGGAAAAUUUGGGAGAACUAAAGAGGGGUAUGGUGUUUUCCUUAGCAUGAAGAAAAAGAAUGUCUUUACGUGGAAUGCCCUGCUUAAAGGGCUAGCUUUGGCUGAAAGUGGGGAGGAGGCGCUUCAGUGGUUUUUAAGAAUGGAGCAAGAAGGAAUUGAGCCAAAUGAAUUCACUUUGAUCAAUGUACUUUGUGCUUGCAGCUACUCAGGCAUGGUACAAACGGGGAGACAAAUUUUUUGUUCUCUGAUUGAAGGGAAGUAUGGAUUUUCACCAGGAGUCAAACACUACACUUGUAUGAUUGACCUCUUGGCACGAGCAGGGUGUCUCGAGGACGCUUUCAAAUGCAUAAAGGAAAUUCCUUUUGAACCUACAACAGCUAUGUGGGGAGCAUUGUUAGCUGGUUGUAGAGCUCACGGGGACUUAGAAUUGAGUGAAUUUGCAGCUUGGAAACUCAUACAGUUGGCCCCAGAAAAUAGUGGUUACUAUGUUUUGCUGUCUAAUCUGUAUGCAGAGAUGGAAAGGUGGAAGGAUGUGGAAAAAGUUAGGGGAUUGAUGAAAGAGAGGGGACUUAAGAAGGACUUGGGGUGCAGUUCAGUAGAACGUGGACCCCAGGACAUUUCUAUGAGUUAUUAGUACAGUAAGUCCCCUUGUAUUAGCACAUAAAGAAAGAAAAACGACAUUUGCUCAAUACAGGUACCUGAUUUGUUCAAUGGGCAUAACAAACUCAGUGAAGAGUAUGAAGGCCUCAUUGAUUGUACCAUGGGAGCGAAUUUCAAUUUUGAACCCUUUGGUUGAUGUGUCUUUUCUUUGAUCAUUGAGCACAAGUAUUGCAUCGAGAAUGAUCUUAUCAUUCGAAUCAACAUGCAAGGCCUUAUAUCAAUGGCUGCCAAGCUGUCCUUUUCACUGCCUGAAGGAGAGAAACUGAAGGGUCCAUUGUAAAUUAAGGGCAUUGUGUGUUGCACGUUGUUGGGCUGUUCUAUUUCAACAUUCGUCAAGUAUCAGCAUAUCGAGCAUCUUUAUAGUUUAAUUCUCUCUCCAGCGCAAGGUAUGAAGGUUGCCAGAGGAAUUGCAUGUGAGGCCUGAAAACUACGAGUCUAAAAGGUGAAACCAUCACCUCCUUAUCUCGAAUUCUAUUGGUUUGUUUGCAACAAGUCUAUUAUCUAGUGAUGAAGUUUUAUUUUUGUGCAAUAGUCGAGAAAUAAUAUUAACAAAUUGGUGGAUAAAUGUUUUCUUUUUUUCCCUGCGAGAAGCAUCUGACCUUUCAGAAAUGAUUUUCUUCACCAGCUCUUCCACUAAUUUUUUUAGUUGUGAUAGAUUUAGCGUUUUAGUUGAAAUAUAAGGAAUAAGCACUCUGGAGUCUCUAGAUGAUAUCAAAUGAGUCUGUUGACAGAACAGAUUUUUUUUUGGUAUGUCCACCACCAUCCUUAACCUUCAGUUAACAAAUUGUUUUAUGGAUAUUACACUAACUUCAUGCAUUUAGUUUAGUGACUUUUAACUUGUUUACUUGUAUUCAUGUAUGAUAUCUGGAAAUCUGUGAGACAUCUUGGACCUCCAAUCUCCAUACCAGGGUUCACAUUUCUCCUCAUGUCACACCUUCUCCAUUUGAACUAAAAUAAUACUAAUAUCACCUUACUCUAGACAGCACCAACUAGGGAUUAGACUCCAAAUCUAAAUUUCCUGAAACCAUUUAGUUGGGAACUUGGGAUUAUAUUUCACAUUAUAACUUCGUGCUUGGUAUAUGAGGACAGGUACCAAAAAUAAAUGGGGGUAUUACCCACUAUCUCUAGUUCCAGAUCAUAUUUGCUUAUUGGUGGCCACACAGUAUUCUUUUCU